AUGGCUCACAUUGUAAGGAAGCUACGCUUAUCGCCAUCGAAAAUAAGACAAUUUUCCAAUUCAUCACAGCUCAAUGAUGUUUUUAUAUUAUCUGCCGUCAGGACUCCGAUGGGGUCAUUUCAAAGUGCCUUAGCACCUGUUUCGGCCCCUCAAUUGGGUGCUGUUGCCUUAGAGAACGCCAUACAAAGAGCAAAUUUAAAAAAAGAAGAUGUUCAAGAAGUUUUCAUGGGAUGCGUCUUACAAGGGGGUGUAGGCCAAGCACCAGCUAGGCAAGCUACUCUUUUUGCAGGUUUACCACAAGCUACUGUCUGCACAACAAUAAACAAAGUUUGCUCAUCUGGUAUGAAAGCCAUAAUGUUAGCCAGUCAAGUUAUAAUGACUAAUGGUCAAGAAGUGUGUGCUGCUGGCGGAAUGGAAUCUAUGUCAAAUGCUCCCUAUUACAUGGACAGAGGAACUACUCCUUAUGGUGGUGUUCAUUUAAAAGAUGCCAUAGUUUUCGAUGGUUUGACUGAUGUUUAUGAUAAAAUUCACAUGGGAGUAUGUGCAGAAAAAUGUGCCACAGAUCAUGGAUUGACAAAGGAAGAUCAGGAUAAAUAUGCAAUACAAAGUUAUAAAAAUUCUGCUAAAGCUCAUGAAAGUGGAGUUUUUAAAAAUGAAAUAGUACAAGUAGUUGUUAAAAAAAAAAAAGAAGAAAAAGUCGUUGUCGAAGAUGAGGAAUACAAGAGAGUGGAUUUUGCAAAAUUUCCAUCAUUAAGACCAGUUUUUAAGAAAGAAAAUGGUACAGUUACAGCAGGGAAUGCUUCAACAUUAAAUGAUGGUGCUGCUGCUUUGAUAUUAGCUUCUGGUGAAUAUGUAAAAUGCAAAGGUUUAAAACCUUUGGCUAAAGUUAUUUCAUUCGCUGAUGGAGCUGUUGCUCCAAUCGACUUUCCAAUUGCUCCCACUGCUGCCAUUCCUAAAGCUUUAAAACUUGCAAAUUUAUCAGUCGAUCAAAUUGCUCAAUGGGAAAUCAAUGAAGCUUUUAGUGUGGUUGCUUUGGCAAACAUGAAAAUAUUGAAAUUAGAUCCAUCAAAAGUCAAUAAACAUGGAGGUGCUGUUAGUUUAGGACAUCCCAUAGGUAUGUCAGGUGCAAGAAUCGUUGGUCAUUUGGUACAUUCUUUAGCUUCUGGUGAAUAUGGUUGUGCAGCAAUUUGUAAUGGUGGAGGUGGAGCUUCUUCUAUUAUUAUUCAAAAGUUAUAA